AUGCCUCCUUCAGCGAAGAGUGCCCAGGGCAGCUCGGCGGACGUGGCUUGCAAGCACUGUCGAGAGCGCAAGAUCAAAUGUGAUAGAGAUCGACCCAAGUGCUGCAACUGUGUACGAGACGGCGUAGACUGCGGCUACGAGCUACCGGGCAAGAGAGUCAAUCACGUCAAGUUGCUAUGCAACAAUUUCGGUGGCCUGGAAGAGCGUCUGGUCAGCAUUGAGGGACAACUGGAGCAACUCGUGCUCCAUUUUAGCACCACAAGGGCAUCUUCCAGGCAUGAUUCGCUCGAUGUUGCAUCAUACGCCCCAGACGAUGAGGAUCACUUGAUACACUGGGACGAAGGUCAUUCAGAUGACUAUCGCGGCCCACUAUGCCUGGAACAGCUUUGUGAGAAUUUCCGUCAAGGGGCGUACUCGAUAGACUGGACGGCCAUUGGUGUUGAUGCCACUGCGACAGAUGGAAUCAAUGACUUGUUGGCACAGAUGCAUGGCUACUUGACGACCGAGGACCUGUAUGUGCCCCGACGCAUCCCGGAUAUAAGCCUACCACAGCGACAUCAACUAGUCCGCGCCAUCGAUCAAUUCUGCAACCGCACUGAUCUUGUUGUAGAUGUUUUCGUCCCAGCACACCUAACUUCGCACAUUGACAGGAUUUACAAUCCACCUGCUGGUGAUCCGGGCGAAGAUGACGAGACUUGGUCGAUCAUCUACAACGCCAUCGUCCUACUAGGACUUGGUGCCGACCUGCUGGAGGCAAGCAAGAUCCAUCUUAUGCAAGGCUUGAUGAAUGCUCUCCUUCUGCCGAGCACCGCAACGCUCAUCAACGCUCGCUUGAUCACGGCUCCACGGCUGGUCAAUGUACAAGCAUUGAUCUUACUGAGUGCACUCACUCAACAGCAAGACUCCAAGGCCAAGUCGGACCUAUUGUUCGCACAGGCCUGCACACUCGCAAAAGCGAUGGGACUCCACAAACCACAUGCCCGAAAUCCAAACGACAAUGCCCAGCUGUGCCAUGAGCGUUGGCUAGUCUGCCGUUCGCUGUAUGUUCGAGACCGUGCAUGCGCUAUCGGCCGAGGCGACGCACCUUGCCUGCCUUACUUCGACGUUCCCGCAAGUAGUGGCGAGGACACACCGUUCUUGGCCUCUCAGGCAGGCCGCAUCGCGUUGGCGCGUGUGCAGGAUCCUUUGUACAGAAUCUUGAGGUCUGGCGAGACGAUUCCAAGCAUGUCUCCGCGCACUCGAGGCCUUAUCGGCAAAGUGCAGCAAGAUCUAAUGGAAUUGGCUCGAGUCUACGACAUUUACAAGCUAAAGGCCAACGAUCCGGACGCUGCCUUACUACAGCUAGAGGCUUUUGCAACACGAAUUGCAGCAUUUGCGGAAAGCCGUGUCCCAUCACAGAUCAAGGUCGCAUGCUCGGACGCACGACUAAGCUGUCUUGUUCUGUUACUCGUCCAAGGCUCGGAUACGACCAAGCACAAGCAGCAAUACGAGCGGAUCGUAGGUAACGAUCGGGCUGCCUAUCCAAUGUCUGUCGCCGACGUCGAUGAUCAAGCCGACAUCACUCCCGUCGACCAAGCAAACACCCAACGACCACAUAAUACUGUGCGAGAACUGAUUAUGCUCGACACGUUUCCUGCAUCUGCCUUUAUGUUGCUAGCGAACAGACUUCUACUGGGCAUUGUUGAUGACACUGUUCCAGAUGGAGACAAUGUCAUGGCCCUGCUCCGCCAAGUCUCUGCUUACUACCGGGCAGAUUCAUCGAUGCUGCCAACGGGCAGCUAUAGACACACACUGGGACUGGUAUUCGGUGCUGUGAUCAGGAUCCUCGACAUCCGCUGUGUCCAACAACAUCAGUCUCAAUCACCGCCAAGCCUCUCUCCUGCAAUAUCACAUCAACUUCAUGUACCACCUCCAGCCCCUAUGGUGGCGCCAACCACUGCGGCAGCACAUUCAGAGCCGAUGAACACAGACCUAGCCCCCUUAGCGACAUGGCCAACGCCAAUCAGUCUGGAAGAUCCGGUCUGGGGCGACUGGAACGACAUGACCAACGGCGGUACGAUGACAGACUUCAUGCAGUUCUCUAACGACCCCAACGCGGAACAGGAUUCAUUCGAGAGCUUGGUACGCACGCCGACAACCUACGGCCAGCAUUGCCCGAUGGGAACUAACGAGCGGAAGCGACGACGGACUGUCCAGGAAGGACGGACACCUGAUGGGAGAGACGAGAAUCGAGCUGGCCGUGGGAAUUCAGAGAAUGCCGACCACUCUUCCGAUCCGCUGCUUUACUCGUUUGGACAAGAGUAA